UUCCUCGGAUGCGAGGCCGGGCUGCCAUCAGUCCUCUGGAGGCCCGAGUUCCUCUGCUGCCAGGCGCCGGAGCUCCGCGGGGGAAGGCCGGGCACCCUACGGCCGGGAAAUGGAACCAUUGACAUUCAGGGAUGUUACCAUUGAUUUGUCUCAAGAGGAAUGGGAUUGCCUGGACCCUGCUCAGCAGAAUCUAUAUAAAGAUGUGAUGUUAGAGAACUACCAAAACCUGUUCUUCCUGGCUGUAUAUUCUCAUCAAGUCCAAGACUUUUUGCCAGAGCAGGGAUUAAAACAUUUAUCUCAAAAAGUGAUCAAGGGAAGACAUGGAAGUCAAGGUAUUGAAAAUUUACAUCUAAGGAAAGACUGGGAAAGUGUCAGAGAGAGUGAAGUUCCGAAAUCUUGUCAUAAUGAGCAUAACAAAUGUUUGAUGACUAUCCAUGAUGAAAAUGUCAAUGUCAGCAGACAUCAAGAACAUAUAGCAUCUCAGAAAACAGCUCAAUUUAUUCCAGUCACUUUUGAGGAGCUCUCUGUGUUUCUAAAUACAUAUCCACAGCAGUUUUUGAACCAUAUCUUCCCUCUGAAAGGAAAUUUGGAAAGUCUGAAAUGGAGUCUGUCCCAAGCUUCAGUUAACAACAUGAACAAUUUCAAUUGCAGCAUUGGUUUAAACUUUUACUCAAACAUUUGUAUAGAUAAGAGAGUUAAAAAUAAAGAACAAAUUUCUGAAUGUGAUCAUGUUGAGUGUUACUUCACAAAAAGUCUGCUAUUUUGCAAUCAACAACAAAUUGUUCCUCCUUGUGCCAAAAUAUACAGUCUUAAUCAAAGUGGGGAGGUUCAUGCUUCCCCAUUAUUGCAUAAUCAAAAUUCAGAUAAAGAUAUUUGGAAAGUUUUAUAUGUUUAUAAUAAAACCUUCAAGAACUUUAGCCAAGUCUCUACCCUAUGUAAUUACCAGUGUAUUUAUAUUGGUGAAAAAAAUUGUGAAUGCAGUGAAACUCAUGAAAAUAUUAGCCUUGGUUCAAAUCAUGGAAAACAUCAGUGUGUUCAUUUUACAAAGAACCUUUGCAAAGUUAAUAAACGUGGGAAAGUCUGUCAUCAGAGCUCAAAAGUUAAUAUCCAUAUUGAAGACAAACCUUACACAUGUAAAGAAUGUGAAAGGACUUCAAAGAAAAUUUCAAGCCUUACUCAACACAGAAGAAUUCAUACUGGAGAGGAGCCCUACACAUUUAAGGAAUGUGUCAAAGCUUUCAAUCAAAGCUCAAAUCAUAUUAAUCACCAGAGAAUUCAAACUGGAGUGAAGCCAUAUGAAUGUAAAGACUGUAGCAAAGCAUUUAAUAUAAGCUCACACCUUAUUAAACACCAGAGAAUACAUACUGGAGAGAAGCCCUACAAAUGUAAAGACUGUGGCAGAGCUUUUAAUCAAACCUCAACCCUUACUCAACACCGGAUGAUUCAUACUGGAGAGAAACCUUUCAAGUGCAAAGAAUGUGGCAAAGCUUUUAAUCGAAACUCAAACCUUACUCAGCACCGGAGGAUCCAUACUGGAGAGAGACCGUACAAAUGUAAAAAAUGUGGCAAAGCUUUUAAGGAGUGUUCACACCUUAUUAAACACUAUAGAAUUCAUACUGGAGAGAAGCCCUACAAAUGUAAAGAAUGCGGCAAACCCUUUAAAGACCGUUCAGCCCUUACUCAACACCAGAGGAUUCAUACUGGAGAGAAACCCUACAUAUGCAAAGAAUGUGGUAAAGCUUUUAAUCGAAACUCAAACCUUACUCAACAUCAGAGGAUCCAUACUGGAGAGAGACCUUAUAAAUGUAAGAAAUGUGGCAAAGCUUUUAAGGAUUGUUCACACCUUAUUCAACACCACAGGAUUCAUACUGGGGAGAAGCCCUACAAGUGUAAAGAAUGUGGUAAAGCUUUUAAACAAAUUGCAACGCUUACUCAACACCAUAAAAUUCAUAGUGGAGAGAGACCGUACAAAUGUAAUGAAUGUGGCAAAGCCUUUAGGGAUUCUCUAACACUUACUCAACACCACUGGAUUCAUACUGGACAGAAACCCUACAAAUGCAAAGAAUGUGGCAAGACUUUCAUUAGAACUUCACACCUUAAUAAGCACCAGAAAAUUCAUACUGGAGAGAAGCCCUAUGAAUGUCAGGAGUGUGGCAAAGCUUUUAAACGAAGCUCACACCUUACUCAACACCAGAGAGUUCAUACUGGAGAGAAGCCCUAUAAAUGUAAAGACUGUGGCAAAGCUUUCACUCAAAACUCAAACCUUAUUGGUCACCGUAGAAUUCAUACAGGAGAGAAGCCCUACAAAUGUAAAGACUGUGACAAAGCAUUUAAUAUAAACUCACACCUUAUUAGUCACCGUAGAAUUCAUACAGGAGAGAAGCCCUACAAAUGUAAAGAAUGUGGCAAAGCUUUUAACCAAACCUCAACCCUUACUCAGCAUCAGAGGAUACAUACAGGAGAGAAGCCCUACAAAUGUAAAGAAUGUGGCAAAGCCUUUAAGUCUUGUCCAACCCUAACUCGCCACCACAGGACUCAUAGCGGAGAGAGAUCCUACAAAUGUAAAGAAUGUGCCAAAGUCUUAAAAAAUUUUUCAAUCCUUACUCAACACCAAAAUACUCAUACUGCAGAGAAGCCCUACAAGUGUGAAGAAUGUGGCAAAGGUUUUAAUAGAAGAUCAUUGCUUACUGAACACCAGAUAAUUCAUACUGGAGAGAAGCCCUACAAAUGUAAAGAAUGUGGCAAAGGUUUUAAUCAAAGAUCAUAUCUUAAAGAACACCAUAGAAUCCAUACUGGAGAGAAGCCCUACAAAUGUAAAGUAUGUGACAAAGCCUUUACUAAAAGUUCUUUUCUUACUGAACACCAUAGAAUUCAUACUGGAGAAAAGCCCUACAGAUGUGAAGAAUGUGGCAAAGAUUUUAAACGAAGAAUAUUGCUUACUGAACACCAGAGAAUUCAUACUGGAGAGAAGCCCUACAAAUGUGGAGAGUGUGGCAAAGCUUUUAUUCGGAGAUCAUUGCUUACUCAACACCAGAGAAUUCAUACUGGAGAGAAGCCCUACAAAUGUGGAGGAUGUGGCAAAGCUUUUAAUCAAAGAUCGUAUCUUAUUUGCCACCAAAGAAUUCAUACUGGAGAGAAGCCCUAUAAAUGUGAAAAAUGUGGCAAAAAUUUUAAUCAAACAUCAAAUCUUAAAAAACACCAGAGAAUUCAUACUGGAGAGAAGACCUACAAAUGUGAAGAAUGUGGCAAAGUUUCUAAUCGAAGAUCAUUUCUUACUGAACACCAGAUAAUUCAUAGUGGAGAGAAGCCCUACAAAUGUCAAGAAUGUGGCAAAGGUUUUAAUCAUAGAUCAUAUCUUAAAGAACAUAAGAGAAUUCAUACUGGAGAGAAGCCCUACAAAUGUAAAGUAUGUGACAAAGCCUUUACUAAAAGCUCCUUUCUUACUGAACAUCGUAGAAUUCAUACUGGAGAGAAGCCCUACAAAUGUGAAGAAUGUGGCAAAGGUUUUAAUCAAACGUCAAAUCUUAAAGAACACCAGAGAAUUCAUAGUGGAGAGAAGCCCUACAGAUGUGAACAAUGUGGCAAAGGUUUUAAUCAAAUAACAAAUCUUAAGGAACACCAGAGAAUUCAUACAGGAGAGAAGCCCUAUAAAUGUCCAGAAUGUGGCAAAUCUUUUAUUCGAAGAUCAUUUCUUACGGAACACCAAAUAAUUCAUACUGGAGAGAAGCCCUACAAAUGUACAGAAUGUGGCAAAGGUUUUAAUCAAAGAUCAUGUCUUAAAGAUCACCAGAAAAUUCAUACUGGAGAGAAACCCUACAAAUGUGGAGAAUGUGCUAAAGCUUUUAUUCGAAGAUCAUUGCUUACUCAACACCAGAGAAUGCAUACAGGAGAGAAGCCCUACAAUGUUAAGAAUAGGGCAGAGGUUUUAAUGAAACACAAAUCUUAAAGAACAGAGAGAGUUCGUAAGCAGAUGGAUGACUCAGGAGGUUGGAUGCAAUCAAAUAAGGAAGAAAUCCCUAGCACCAGUUACGUGGCCCCUCCACAAGCAAAUUAGAGGGAUAAGGGCUUUAAAGGAGCCCACAUUUUUAGGAGGCCUGUAGCAUGUCUGGGUACAGAAAGAUCAGAGAUCAGUCACUGCUAUACUAACCUGAAAGGUAUAAUGUGCAUAGUAUCAGUAUCCUAGGGCAGUAAAGAAGCCACUUCCCUCUAACACCCUACACAGGACAGAGGAGGGAGCCAUUUUGCAGCUGUGCUGUGGAAAUUGGCACCUGGGGGAGCCUAUUCCAGGGAAACUCAACCUGGACCUAAACUACAAGCCAGGCAGACCCACACCACAUGACAAAGAGAGUGCCUAAGUGAUGAGAACAAACAGGUUUACACGGGGUGAUACAGGUCAUGGAAACCCACCCUGUUUCCUUCUCUCCUUGAGUCCAGCAGCUCACAGGACAACCUGGGAGAGACUUGCCUGCCCAGGAAUUUGAAAGGACAGGAGUGGGGGUGAUUGUGUUUGGAGAUCAAACCCUAGAGAAUAGAAAAAUGGGGUCAGUGGGUGAUGGAGGGGACAAAAGAUUGGUGCCUUAGACACAAGGGGAACCGAGGGGAGAUACUGGAGUUCAGUCCCCCACCACGGACUGGCAACUGCUGGGACCUGUAGGUACACUGAUUUAAAAUCUUCAGAUCGAUCACCAUUCAAAAAAGAGCAUGGAGCCUACCUCAGCCUAAAUUUCACUUCCAGUAUCUCUGUUUUCAGGAUCUCUCAGACACCAAUGAUCCCUCCCUGUGUGUGGCACAAACAUCACACUCCAGCCCACCUCCCACCCAACACUGCUGAGAAGGGAAGCCAAGAAUUUUUUGAACUCCAAUGGAAAUAGCUUUUAAAAGUUUUCAAUAAAACCUUUAAAUUUUUUUUUUAAUUUUGUUUACUGUGAUCUGAGUGAUUCAUGGACAAUUAUACAUAUGCAUAUUUGUUUCUGCUCAUUUCUAGCAUUUUUUGGAGGCAGUUAUUUUUUCAUGGCUUGGCAUUUUGAGGGCUGU